AUGGCAGCAACUAUGAAUUCGUCUCCCUGGAUGUGGGCUGUUGUUGGAGUUGCUGCAGUAACAGGUCUGACAACGUACGAGUACUGGGAUCGAGCAAUUGGAACUCGUAAACGAAACGAUAUACCUAAGCUUCCAAAACACUUGACGACACCAAUGUUGGGGAAUGCCCCUGCUGUGCUGAAGCGGUUUACUACCGAUCACCUGGACGCUCUGAAUGAGAAACGUAAAAUGAUUGGAAACGUUUGGUUGCUGAGUUUGCCAGGUCGACAAAUGGUCAUAACGUACAACGUGGCUGAUGUUGAAUGCAUCAUGAAGGAUCCAUACCUCUUUGUGAAGGGUGAAGCAUCACACAAGAUGGUAUUCCCAUUCUUUGGACAUGGAAUCUUUGCUGUAGAUGGCGAAGAAUGGAAGAUUCAACGUAAAACAGGCUCAAACAUCUUUACAGUCAAGAACUUUAAAGAUCACUUUGGCCCUGUCUUCCUCGAAGAAUCCGACCUAAUGUGCAAACACAUGUCUGAAUCCGCAUCCCAAAACCUCCCCAUCGACAUGCAAGACCUCCUCCUCCGCUGCACCAUCGACGGAUUCGCCCGCAUCGCUCUCGGCACAGACGUACAAGCCCUCCGCACACAAGGCUCCAACGUCAAUGGGAAAUACCGCCUCCCGGACGUGGAUUUCAUGAUUGCAUUCGAUGGUCUCCUCGCCAUCCUCACAAAAAGAUUCAUCAACCCCUUGUAUCAUAUCAGUGAAAUGUUUGAUGGGACGUAUGGCGAGAUAUUGAAGCACAAGUCCGUGCUGGAUGAGUUUGCGUUGAAGAUGAUUCGUGAGAGGACGGAGAAACCGCUUGAUAAGGAUCGGUUGAGUCGGCCGAUGGACUUGCUGGAUUUCUUUUUGGCUGCAGAGGUUGAUGCUAAUUCGGAAGAGUAUUUGAGGGAUGUUAUGCUUAAUUAUAUUAUUGCUGGUCGAGACACAACAGCACAAACCUGCUCAUGGCUGUUAUGGGAAGUAGCGAAACACCCUCACGUCGAGGAACGACUUCGAGAAGAAUUCACUCGAAUCUUGGGUGAUGGACCGCUGGACUAUUCCAACCUCAAGGAUAUGAGGUUUUCUGUUGCUGUAUGGCAUGAGACUUUACGUUUACAUGGAAACGUCCCCAACGCAAUCCGAGUAGCUACAGACGACGUAACACUUCCAAGCGGCACUAAACUCCUGAAGGGAGAUAUUGUGCAGUGGAGUUCGUGGUGUAUGGCUAGGAAUGAGGAGAUUUGGGGAGAGGACGCAAACGAAUUCAAACCAGAGCGCUGGUUGAAUGAAGAGGGGAACUUGAUUCGAGUUUCUCAAUACCAAUGGCCUGUUUUCAACUGUGGUCCAAGAAUCUGCCUUGGAAUGAACAUGGCAACGCACGAAGCACUAAUCCUAAUGUCAGACAUAUAUCGACGCUUCCACCUCGAACUGGUGAAUGAAGACGAUAAAUCCAAAUGGGGUGUUUGGAAUGAGGAUCCAGCCAAGAGGCGUGGGAGAUAUGGGCUUGGUGUUACGUUGAGCAUGCGUGGAGGUGUUGAAUUCAAGGUUCAUCAUGUGUCUAAAUAA